UGGAGACGCUGACAAAGGAGCAAGGAGCAGUCGCAGCUGCUUUGGAAGGAGCCACUGUUACUGAGAUUGCCAAAAUGCUUUGGAGUUUUUAACUGAAUCUAAGAAAGUCCAAAAUAGAUUUGAGACUAUAAAGACGGAAGCUCAGCGAGGGGGAUUCAGUGCCAAUGCAUCAACAAAAAAGACAACCAGAGUUAGUGGAAGGAAAUCUUCCUGUUUUUGUGUUUCCCACGGAGCUGAUAUUUUACGCAGAUGAUCAGUCAACACAUAAGCAAGUGUUGACACUGUACAACCCCUAUGAGUUUGCCUUAAAGUUCAAAGUUUUAUGUACGACUCCAAAUAAGUAUGUUGUUGUUGACGCCGCAGGUGCAGUGAAGCCUCAGUGCUGUGUGGAAAUUGUGAUUCGUCAUAGAGAUGUUCGAUCCUGUCACUAUGGUGUGAUAGACAAAUUCUGCCUCCAAGUCUCAGAGCAAAGCCAGAGGAAGGCUUUAGGAAGGAAAGAGGUUAUCGCUACUCUUCUCCCAUCCGCGAAAGAACAACAGAAGGAAGAAGAGGAGAGAAGAAUAAAGGAACAUUUAACCGAAAGUGUAUUCUUUGAGCAAUCAUGUCAACCAGAAAACAUAACUGUCUCUUCAGGACCUAGCUUGCUAACUGUCUUACUGGGAGUGGUAUGUAUUGUGGCCCUGAUGCUGCCUACUCUGGGGAUAUGGAAUCGCUGGUGCCUCUCUACCUCCACUUAAGUGUGAAUCAAAAAUUAGUAGCUGCUUAUAUCUUAGGUCUUAUCACAAUGGCUAUACUUAGAACAUGAGCAAGGAUUAAAACUGACUUCUGAAGGAAAUUUAUCUUAAAUAUGAAUGUGGACUGCCUUUUAUCUCUAUUUUACUCCAUUAACACACUACAAAAUACUGAAUGA